CUCGGAAGCGUUUCAGAAAGGUGGCCGGAAAGGGGCAAAGAGAGUAAUGAUUGUAAUCACAGAUGGAGAGUCGCACGACAGCCCAGACCUGGAGAAGGUGAUUGAGGACAGCGAGAAGGACAACGUCACCAGAUACGCGGUGGCGGUAUUGGGUUAUUAUAACAGAAGAGGAAUCAAUCCCGAAGCCUUUUUGAACGAGAUAAAAUUUAUAGCGAGCGACCCGGACGACAAGCAUUUCUUUAAUGUCACGGAUGAAGCAGCACUCAAAGACAUUGUGGAUGCACUGGGGGAAAGGAUAUUUAGCUUGGAAGGAACCAACAAGAAUGAAAUCUCCUUUGGCCUGGAAAUGUCCCAGACUGGAUUUUCAUCGCAUGUUGUGGAAGAUGGGAUCUUGCUGGGGGCGGUGGGUGCCUACGACUGGAACGGAGCCGUCCUGAAAGAAACCAGCAGCGGGAAGGUCAUUCCCCUGCGGGAAUCUUAUCUCCAGGAGUUCCCGGAGGAGCUGAAAAAUCACGGAGCGUAUUUAGGUUACACCGUCUCCUCCGUCAUAUCCACCAAGCACGAGCGGAUUUACGUCGCGGGAGCACCCAGGUUCAACCACACCGGGAAAGUCAUCAUUUUCAGCAUGCACAACAACCGAAACCUCACCAUCCACCAGGCACUGAAGGGAGAGCAGAUCGGCUCCUACUACGGCAGCGAGAUCAACUCCCUCGACGUCAACGGCGACGGCGUCACCGACGUUUUGCUGGUGGGAGCCCCCAUGUACUUCAGCGAGGGCAGGGAGAGGGGGAAGGUCUAUGUCUACGCCCUGCGGGAGAACCGCUUCGUUUCCAGUGGUGCCCUCAUCGAUCUGCAGAGCUACCAGAACUCCCGCUUCGGCUCCUGCAUCGCCGCCGUGCCCGACCUCAACCAGGACUCCUACAACGACCUUGUUGUCGGGGCACCUUUGGAAGACGAGCACCAAGGAGCUAUAUACAUCUUCCUUGGCUUCGAAGAGACCGUCCUGAAGAAGUACAAGCAGCGGAUAGCAGCUGCGGACCUCGUGCCUGGCCUGAUGUAUUUUGGAUGCAGCAUCCACGGACAGCUGGACCUGAACGAAGACGGGCUCGUAGACUUGGCCGUCGGCUCUCUGGGGAACGCCGUGCUGUUGUGGUCCCGCAGCGUGGUCCAGAUCAAUGCCAGCAUCCGCUUCGAGCCCUCCAAAAUCAACAUCUUCACCAAGGACUGCAAGCGGAACGGGAAGGAUGCCACCUGCAUGUCAGCCUUCAUCUGCUUCACCGCCGUCUUCCUCUCGGCUCACUUCCAGACAGCCAGCGUGGCGCUGCGGUACAAUGCCACCAUCGACGAGCGCAGGUACACGCCACGGGCUUACCUGGACGAGAGCGGAGAGCGGCACACGCAGAAGGGGCUGGUGCUGCUCGCCGGGCAGGAGCACUGCGACAGGCUCCAGUUCCACGUCUUGGACACAGCUGACUAUGUGAAGCCGGUGACGUUCUCCAUCGACUACGAGCUGGAGCACCCCGAGAACGGCCCCAUGCUGGACGACGGCUGGGCCACCUCGCUCAAGGUCUCGGUCCCUUUCUGGAACGGAUGCAAUGAGGAUGAGCACUGCGUCCCUGAUCUGGUCCUGGAUGCCAGAAGCGAUGUGCCCAGUGCCAUGGAGUACUGCCGGCGGGCUCUGCGGAGGGCACCGCCGGACUGCUCCGACUUCAGCCUCUCCUUCGACGCCUCCGUCUUCGUCAUCGAGAGCAGCAGGAGGAGGGUGGCCGUGGAGGCGGCGCUGGAGAACCGAGGCGAAAACGCCUACAGCACGGUCCUCAACAUCUCCUUCUCCAGAAACCUCCAGUUCGCCAGCUUGAUCCCCAAGGACGACACAGACAUCAACAUCGACUGCAUGACCGAAGACAAGCACCCCAACAAGAAAGUGUGCAACGUGAGCUACCCGUUUUUCCGAGCCAAGGCCAAGGUAGCUUUUCGCCUGGAUUUUGAAUUCAGCAAGUCGAUUUUCCUUCAAAGCAUGGAGAUCUACUUGAUCGCCAACAGCGACAGCGAGGAGAAGGAGAGCACCAAGGAGGACAACUUCGCCCACCUGAAUUUUCACCUGAAGUACGAAGCCGACCUGCUCUUCACCAGGACGUCAAGCCUGGACUACUACGAAAUCAGGUCGAACAGCUCCCUGGAGAGAUACGACAGCAUCGGCCCCCCCUUUCAUUGCACCUUCAAGCUGCAGAACCUGGGCUUCUUCCCCGUGGAGGGGGUGACCAUCAAGCUCACCGUCCCUGUGGCCACCCGGGCGGGCAACCGCCUCCUGCUCCUGACCGAAUUCGUGGUGGACCAGGAGAACACAACCUGCAACAUCUGGGGAAACACCACCGACUACCGGAGGACGCCCGCCGAGGAGGACCUCUCCCGCAUCCCCCACCUGAACCACAGUAACUCCGACGUCGUUUCCAUCGACUGCAAUGUGAAAUUAGCCCCCAACGAGGAGAUGAACUUGCACUUGCGUGGCAAUCUGUGGAUGAAGUCUCUGAAAGCACUGAAGUUCAAGUCACUGAAGCUCACCACAAACGCCGCUCUCCAGCGACACUUCGGGAGCCCCUUCAUCUUCCGCGAGGAGGACCCCAGCCGCCAGGUAACGUUUGAAAUCUCCAAGCCGGAGGAGUCA